UUUUAAUGCAAAUUGCUUAACUUUAAUUGGACAAUUGUCACCUGGCACUAACAUGCCAGCCUGGCCUUAAUCAAGCACCCUGCAUACUUUUGAUUUCCUAUUUAACCUGCAGAGGAGUUGUAUUGGUUUCUUAGUGGAUAACCUUUAUGCAUAUAUGGAGGCAGCAACGUCUACCAUGCAACAUUCGCACGGUUUGGGCCCUCGAGGUCCAAACCCACUGAAUGCAGCUCAGCCAUCUCAGGGGCUCCAACAACCAGCUCCAGGGGCUUCAGGGGCUCCACGUGCUGAGGAGCAGCAACACAAACCUUUCUUCUACAUACAGCCCUCGCAGCCAUACAUGCCCAUGCAGAGUCUGCAGUGGCCUGUACCGAUGCCCAUGCCUGUGUCCUACAAUCCAUACUAUGGUUACCCAGGUUUAGGUUUUGGGAUGCCAAUGAUGCCACACUAUCAGCCUAAUCCAUACAUGGAGCCACCUGGCUUUGUUGUCCCACAUACCCACCUUCAUCUCAUGGACUACAGGCGCAUGCUUAACCCCCAAUAUUACCAGACCAUGGCCUAUCAUGCCCGCAGGUUGCGCUACCAACACAACUCCCCAACCAGAGAAAUGACCAGCUCUGAGGUGCAAACUGAGCCACUCUCAGUGACACAGAACACCAGCACCCCAAAUUCCAGAGACAUGGAGUCAUCCAGUGUCUUCCCAGUUAGUAGCAGCAGCACCAGUGUCUCCAACGGUCGGGUGCUCUCGUCAGCCUUGAGUGUGCAGAGUUCUCCAGAGACUAAUGACAUGGUGCCCUCCUCCACCGUUAGGAUGCCAUCAAAUGGCAGCUUUGUGAUUCAAACUGAAGAGGUGAGGAUUGAAUGCUGCACCACACCUGUGGGACUCCAGCUGCUGCACGCUCACGAGACUGCAGAAGUAUCCCAUAGUUUUUCCCAAGACAUGGUCCAGUGUAGCUCCAUUCUCCAGGGUCGCGUCCUGCAGGACGAGGGACUCUGCCUCCCUGCAGACCAGUCGGAGCAGGCACUCCAGGUUUGUCCUGAUAUCCUGUUAGUUGGAACACCCAGCACAGGCGAGAAUAUCCCUGCUCUAGAAGAAUCCGGGAACCAGAUGGUCCCUGUCGUUUCCAGUUUGGGGUCUCAAGAGGCAGAAUGUGGGGAAGCUGGGGUGAUGAGCGAGAGAGAGCAGAGUAUGACUAAGAAUCCCCAACUCAAAGUUGUUCACCUGCCGUUUGAUACAAGCUACCUGGAUGAGCUGAGGAAGAUGGAGUCUUCAGUUUGGUCAGUGGAGGACACCUUGGUUCCUUCCUCAGAGUCGUUGAUCCAAAAUGGUCCUGCAGAGUCUCUCGAGGAAACGCUGACUACUAAUGAGGUGACUUCUGCAGACAUGAUGCUGGAAGAGGAGGCUCCUGCAGAAGAUGGCACAGCUAUGACUGACAUGCCUCAGUUGGAAGAGGAUGACCUGGGAGUAGUCUCCACUGAGCAGGAUGUAGGGGAUGAAAUGAUGGUUGAAGCUGAUAUCUGCCCUAUGAUGGAUGAACCUGUUUCAGAAGAACCUUCUAAACCAAAUCUAAUGUACACAGAGAUGGCGGCUGUAUCCAGUGUGCAGCGGUUGGAGAGCUCUCCUCUUGAGGCAGAUCGAAGCCAAUGCAGAACAGAAACCAGUGUCCAGGAUUCUCAGGACACAUCCUUCGAAUCAUUACCCGCCUACCUCCCCUCAACUAACUGGCUAGCUGAUUUUGAGAAUAUCUACUACUGCAACAAGUUGCCACAAGCUCCCAAGAAGCAGACCCGACCUCAGGGUUUAGAUGUUUCUGCUCGAAGACGAAAACUAGACCUCGAAUACAAAGAACUAAAUAUUCGCAAGCCAAAGGAGAAGUACAAACCCAAAGGCAAAGCGGAUCGAAGAAGCCUUUCCGACCAUGAAUGCUGCGUCAGCAGAAGCUUCAAUGAGAACGUUUUCAGUACUCGUGUGCCAAAGAGGGAAAGACUCUGCUCCAGAUGUCUGACAAAACGUAGAAUCUGUAUGUCUGCCAGCCCUGGACUUGACGGGCACAGCUUAAAAAGAAAAGCGCUUCCCUUCCAGCAGUGGAACGACGCCCCCUUACCGACAUGUGACGCAUGUAAAUCUCACACAAAGAGGCGGCUGAUGAGGAAAAAUUCUAAUCCUGAUCUGCACAGUCCUCGUCGGGGCCAUGACACUGAGGGAGAAUCCUCUGAAAACAGCUCGUGUCGCAAAGGUCAAAGGUGGAGGCCGGGUGACAAUCCCAGGAAGCUCGCAGACCUUAAGAGGCCGCUGGCAUGUAAGCAGAACCUGGAGAAGAGUCCUGCAGCGAUGUAUCCAAAGCUGAGGGAGAAGAACUGUGUGUGCAAUGAGCUGCAGCAUCAGCCUGUUGCUUGGGAGAGGCUACACCACUGCACCCACGGGAAUGCCAUCCAGGAAAUGGAUGAGAACUCUGCUGUGCCUCUUCAGGACAGGUGGAGGAAUGUGGACCAGAGAUACCUGAUGCACAGGUGGCAAACUGAGAAAUCAUGGAUCAGUGACACAGAUGGCUCCAAGAAUGAAACCAGAUCACAACACUUGAACAGACACAAGAAAUCACAGCCACAAUCACAAGGAACUCGUACCAGAGACACACGAUGCUGAUCUGCACGACUAGCACAAAUCUCACAAAGUGAAAAAGCACUUUUUAGAAAUUGAUGUACACUUUAAAUGUUUCCCACUUUAAUUGUCUGUAUAUAAUCACAUUCACUAUUUAUUACUGUUGAAUAAACACAGAAUUAAGUUUU